CUCUUUGAUUAUUCCAUUUGGACGGACUUCAAUUCCGGAUGAUCCCAAGGCGUGCGGCUGAAUCGAACUUGCGGGAUUGAUCUGCUUACGAAAGUCCUCUGCCCCUCAACCGACAAAUUUAUCUGUACAGCGCAUAUUUGACCCCUCUCGUCAACUUUCGCCAUAGGUCCAUCAUUCAUCUCAUUCACGAAAGCGAGCUACCUAGGAACCUAGGGUACCUCAAGGUACCUCACCUACCUCAGGGAGGGCAGCAGGAACAUAGGCAUCGUUCCGAACCCUCCGAAAUCAGUACGCGCCAAUUCGAACCGUGUGCGAAAUAAACAGCAAGCCAUGGGUGACAGCACCGAAAACGACAAACCCUCGGCCUUUACUGAGAAGCAUAUAUCCUUUGAUGAUGGUCACUCGAGCGCCUCUGAUGAGGACCAGAAGGCGGUAGAGGUCCUCUUCGAUCCUACAAACCCCUACAGGCGCAAAAGCUCUCUUGUGGCCUCGGAGGCCACUUUGACACGACCCCGGCGGGCGCCGCUGCCUACCCCUGAUAAGGCUCAGUGCAUUGUGCAUCAACUCAUCGAGAGCCAGAGGAAGUUGGCUGAGGGAAGCAACCACAAUAGCCCCGACCAUGGAUCACAUCACGCCGUAGCCGGCGAUCGCCAAAUAGAGCGUCGCACAGGCCGCGGUAGCCCCUUGUCGCAGGCGCUGCACCCAUCUGUUGAGCAGGGAGGGGAGAAACCUGUUGAUCCCGUGGGAACAAGUAGCCGGGAAAGCAGCAAUGGAACCGCUAAUCCCGGUCUGAAGCGCCGCUUCGACUAUCUUGAGGCUCCUAGCGAUAGCAGUGAUGCUGGACAAGUCGAUGAGCAUCAUUGGAGGCACCGCAUAUCCAGAACCCAGGCUGACAUCGACAUGGCCGGCCCACCCGCGGAUCUACCCGAGGUCCUUCACAGUCGGCUUCUCACCAAGAAGCAAUUGAGCGAAAUGGCAUGGGGUGUGCGCGAGCUGAGUCGUCGUCUGGGUAGCAUGCGUCUGAAGUUCCGUGUGAAAUCCAUCUUCCUUCUCACCAAGAUCUACGACGAGGACCUCAUACCCAAGACGCGUGACCUUUCCCGUUGGCUUUUGGACAAGGACAGAGAUGUCAAGUAUACCGUCUGGGUUGAAAGGUCCCUCAAAGAAAAUAAGAAGUUCGACGCCCCUGGCCUCCUUGAUGAGCUGCAGCACGACUAUCAGUCAAGUGGAGACCCGGCGGAUGAGGAGGGUGCCAAAGGUGUAUCGCGGCGUCUGCGAUACUGGGACGAGAACAUUUGCCGGACGCGUCCUCAGACCUUUGACUUUGUAAUAACGCUCGGCGGCGAUGGCACUGUACUGUAUGCAAGCUGGCUGUUUCAGCGAAUUGUGCCGCCGGUCUUGAGCUUUGCGUUGGGUAGCUUGGGUUUCCUCACAAAGUUUGACUUUGAUGAUUACAAAGACAUUCUGACAACGGCAUUCAACCAUGGCGUAACUGUCAGUCUCAGACUCAGGUUCGAAGGUACAAUCAUGCGGAGUACCAAACCAAAGAAGAUGCAUGGAGUUGGAAACUCAAGCACGGGUAGUGAUGGAUCGACAUCUCCCAAAGACGAAAAAGUGGACGCCGACGCCCAGAGGAAACGCGAUCUAGUGGAAGAACUUAUUGGCGAGGAGAAAGAUGACGAACACACACACAGACCAGAUGGAACCUACGAGAUAUUGAACGAAGUUGUUAUCGAUAGAGGUCCCAACCCAACCAUGUCAUAUCUGGAAAUAUUCGGAGACGAUGAACAUUUUACAUCGGUGCUGGCAGACGGAAUCUGUGUGUCGACUCCAACAGGCUCUACAGCCUACAAUCUAGCAUCAGGCGGUUCGCUCUGCCACCCAGAAAACCCAGUAAUGCUUGUUACCUCCAUCUGCCCUCACACUCUUUCAUUUCGACCCAUCAUCCUUCCAGAUACCAUUGUCCUUCGUGUCGGUGUCCCUUACGGCGCGAGAACCGGAUCGUGGGCCAGCUUCGACGGGCGGGAGCGCAUUGAACUGCACCCUGGCGACUAUGUUACCAUAAGCGCCAGCAGAUAUCCCUUCGCCUCGGUACAGGCGCCAGGUAGACGCAGCGAAGACUGGGUGAAUAGUAUCAGUGCUAAGCUUGGAUGGAACACGAGACAGAAGCAGAAGGCUUUCAGCGAGUGGCAGACUUGAUGUUCUGGGGUCAGGUCCAAAAUGCACAGCUCAGAACAAGAGCUUGUUCACUGCGAUGCAAAGGUUAUCGCAUACUAGCCCAUCCCUCACGCUGUUCCCCCAGCUGACAGGAUCUCGAAAUUUGUCGAACAAGUUCCUAUAUCACCUGUUCUAUCAGUGCUUUGGUACGCGCUGGCCACAGUUUAUUGGCAUGCAAGCAGACCUAGCUUUACAUCUCUUGCAUAAAGUCCAUAGCUACUGCUUUUACUUGUCAGCAUUGCGAUGACCUAUUUGCGGAUUCACUAGUUCAUCCCAACGUUGCUAUCUGCUAAAAGGCUAAAACGCCGACGACGAACUGGGUGAGACAUGGUCAUGAUGCGCAGAGGAAGGCGGAGCAAAGGUCCAUGUGUGUGAUGUGGUAUGGUGUGGUGUACAGCUUCGGUGUCAUUGAUUGUAAUAUACAGUGUGAGCGAUGAUAUGAACUGGCGUACUUACAGUGUCAAA